CCAAAACCAACCCAGCUCUGUUUAAAAAAAGACAUUCAAUUUAACUUGCCGAGGAUGCUAGUAAUGGUUUGUCGGAAAAUGAUUCCGUCGACACCCGUUGUUGGUCUCGCCGCUGAAGCACAGAUUCCAUCAAUAAUCGGUAUUGCUCUUGCCGUUGAAGUUUAGGGAACUUGGAGGACAAUGACGACCGAAACAAAUGACGAUGGCGUCGGAAACUACGACGGAGCAUUUUUGGGCGGAAAAGUUUGGCGAUCGGACCCGUCCCAUGGGAUUAUUAAGUCCACAUGGGUAAUUCUGGCGUUCUGGAGCUUGUUAGCUGUGUGGUAUGCGGAAGCUUUAUUGGCAAGAUUGCCCUGUGGAGUUACACUGUUUCAAUCACAGCUUCACAGCGGCGACAGUGGUCGUUACGAGUACUUUGAUUACGACACUUGCGUUCGACAGCAAAGGAAGCAACUAGAUGCAUAUGACUCUUCCGUAAUCGAAGAAUACAACGACACCAAAAUUGAGAAUUAUGUCAAUUAUUAUCAUCAUCACAAUUUGUGGCUUCGGCUUUUCGAAAGAACCAUCGGACUGUCACCCGAUAUAACAGUACAAAUUGUGGUCGUUGCGACUAUUUUGUAUUUGUCCGCGUUGGUGUUGUUCUUGGAAACCAACCUCGUUACCAAGGGAAUCAAUGCAAGCAAGAGCUGUUGCUAUGACGAUAUGUUUUGUGAGCCGAACCGCCGCCGGCAUCCGACAACUUCAAACAGAGCAAAUCAAAAUAGUAGCGGAGAUGCUGUGAUCCAACGACCGGGAAAUACGAUCAGCAAUGUUACGUACUUUGUGGCGUCGGUAUUGAUUUUUUCCUCGCUCUGUCUUGAAGGGCAACACGGAAAUGAGCUCUCUAUUUCAUCAUCAACAACGCUUUGGUAUUCCGAUGCACUGUUCGGUUGCAUGAUGUUUGCGUUGUCGGUGUCGUCCACCCUUUGGCAUUCCUGGAAUAUUUCAAUAGUUCAUUAUGUCGACUUGUGGUCCAUGGACAGCACUAUCAUAUACUUGAUACUGAGGAAUCUCAGCGUAUCGGUCUUUUAUCAUGCAGCUAUUAAACCCGGUGGCGACCAGAAUGGCAAUGGCGUAAGCAACGGAGGCUUGAACAGUGGCAGUGUUGAGUGGUUGAUAAUGACUGCGGUAGAAAAGUCAUCACUCAUUCUUGAAUGGCAAGUACUGAGAAGACCAGCAACCUUACUGAAUACAAACACUAAGGAUAUCGCAUUGGCAAUGGUGUACUCGUUAAUAAUUGCUCGUUUGGGAUAUUACUAUUUUUUCCAUUUGUGUUGGAAGCACAGGUAUUUGCAUGGCAGCUGCUUGUUCACGGUACGAAAACGGUUGUCUUCCACCGAACAAAAAAGCAACGUCUGGACCAAGGGUCACUUUCCGAUUGGGAUGGGUGAGGUGUGUGUAUUUGCUGCAAUGCCCGCCUUUUUUGUUGGCAUUCCUCUCGCCUUGCAGCUGCUGCUGCUGGACCAUACCUACGGUUCCAUUCGCGCCGGGAUGAUAGCACACCGGACGUUGGUAUUUGGAUGGUCCUACCGGCUGUUGGAGAAGUGGGCACUGGACGGUUCGUUCUGCGGGAUAUGGGGCAAUCAAGCAAAAGGCGGCGAACCAUCCUUUCCUGAGAGCGCCAAAGGUGUUCACGAAAACAAUAUUGUGCCGAUGUCAUCACCCUGGGGGACGCUUUUAAAUGCGCUGCUAUCACCGACGGCCAUCCUCCAUUGGACAACAGGCAUCACGUUGUUAGCAGGUUAUGUAUAUGCUAGGUCUGUCGAACAGGAAUGCCUCGUCUCGUUAUUGUGACUCAAACAUCCUUCGACAUGAUAAGAAUUGUAUCGAAGUACCAAUGAUUAUUCCCGAAGAAAAAUAAGUACAGCACAACCUACUACGACUAGUAGUACUAGGAUAAUCUUGCUGAAUAUAUUCCAGUUCAUGUUGCUCAAGAUAUCGCAAGUACUAAAAAGGGGAAGGCACCAAGGAGUUUUUGGAAUGCUAUCAAAGUAGAUGCCAGACAAGUACUAGGUGAAAGCAGCAGAAAUUUGAGUCACUUCUUCCAGCAAGAAUUGUAGAAGUAGUAGAUCCAUUACAAUCAUAACUGUACUACUAGUAGUAGUAGUAGUUACUAGUAGUAGUAGUACUACUACUAGUAUCAUCAUCUUAGCAACAGGGGAAGAGUCACUAUCAUAUGAUGGUUUGAUAUUUUUGGUUGGGGCUGUUUUGUAUUU